UGGUUCCGCCCUCCACCAUCGCCUGAAUUGACAGCCGAGACAGCGCCAUGUAUCGCUCUCUGAGAAACGUCCAGCGGUUAAACUGCAACCUCCCUGCGUUGCAGAGGAACAUUGCCAACAGAAAGCAUAGCCCUUCAUUUAGCGCAAUCGUGACAUCAACCAGAAUGGCCAGCUCAGAAUACAGAAUUGAGCGAGAUACAUUUGGAGAGCUCAAGGUGCCAGUGGACAAAUACUAUGGUGCUCAGACUGUCAGGUCCACCAUGAACUUCAAGAUCGGAGGACCCACAGAGAGGAUGCCUAUCCAGGUGAUCAAAGCUUUCGGGAUCCUGAAGAGGGCAGCAGCAGAGGUGAACAAGGACUAUGGACUGGACCCAAAAAUUGCUGACGCUAUCGUCAAGGCUGCAGAUGAGGUGACAGCUGGUAAACUGGAUGACCACUUCCCCCUGGUGGUGUGGCAGACUGGGUCUGGAACCCAGACCAACAUGAAUGUAAACGAAGUAAUCAGCAACAGAGCCAUCGAGAUGAUGGGGGGCAAGCUGGGCAGCAAGGACCCGGUCCACCCCAACGACCACGUCAACAAGAGCCAGAGCUCCAAUGACACGUUCCCCACAGCCAUGCACAUCGCUGCAGCCAAGGAGGUCCACGAGGGGCUGAUCCCAGGCCUGCAGAUGCUGCACGACGCCCUGGCCGCCAAGGCCGAGGAGUUCAAAGACAUCAUCAAGAUCGGACGCACACACACGCAGGACGCCGUUCCCCUCUCUCUUGGACAGGAGUUUGGAGGGUACGUCCAGCAGGUGAAGUACAGCAUUGAACGGGUGAAAGCUGCCAUGCCCAGGGUGUAUGAGCUGGCUGCAGGUGGCACUGCAGUGGGCACUGGCCUCAACACGCGUAUCGGCUUUGCUGAGAAGGUGGCAGCUACAGUCGCCUCUCUCACAGGCUUGCCCUUUGUGACCGCCCCCAACAAGUUUGAGGCACUAGCGGCCCAUGAUGCCUUGGUGGAGCUGAGUGGGGCUCUGAACACCGUGGCGUGCAGCAUGAUGAAGAUUGCCAACGACAUCCGUUUCCUCGGGUCCGGCCCCCGAUCGGGCCUGGGGGAGCUCAUCCUGCCUGAGAAUGAACCAGGCAGCAGCAUCAUGCCGGGCAAGGUGAACCCCACCCAGUGUGAGGCCAUGACCAUGGUAGCAGCCCAGGUGAUGGGCAACAAUGUUGCCGUGACUGUCGGAGGCAGCAACGGACACUUCGAGCUCAACGUUUUCAAACCCAUGAUGAUUAAGAAUGUGCUAAACUCUGCCAAGCUGCUGGGCGAUGCCUCUGUCUCCUUCACUACUAACUGUGUGGUGGGCAUCGAGGCCAACACAGAAAGGAUCAACAAGCUGAUGAACGAGUCCCUGAUGCUGGUGACAGCCCUCAACCCCCACAUUGGUUAUGACAAAGCUGCCACCAUCGCCAAGACUGCCCACAAGGAGGGCUCUACACUAAAAGCUAUGGCUGUCAAGCUGGGCUACCUUACAGAUGAGGAGUUUGAUCAGUGGGUGAAGCCUCACGAGAUGCUGGGCCCCAAAUAGACACUCACACAGCAUCACAAUGGUUAAAUGUCUUAUGUCUUUGUACAAAUAAAUUUUUUUUUUUUGUUGAAACAGUA